AUGGUUCGAUACAUCCUCACGGGCACCAGCGGAAAUCUGGGAUCACGCGUCCUGCAUCAGAUCCUGGAGAAGAAGUUGAUUCCGGACCAGGACCUGAUCAUAUCGUCGUCCAAUCCGGACCAGGUGCCGGCCAUCGCGAAGGAGCACGGCAUCGAGGUGCGGACAGGCAAUUACACGGACCCGGAAUCGCUCAAGGCGUCGUUCGCCGGCGGUGACGUGCUGUUCCUGGUGUCGCACGGCGACCCGGGCAUCCAGCGGGUGGAAUACCACAAGAACGCCGUUGAGACGGCGCGCGCGGUCGGCGUCACGGCCGUCAUCUACACAAGCAUGAUGUUCGGCGGCGAAACGGGGCUGGACAGCGUCAUCGGCAUCCAACAGGGUCACAUCCUCACGGCCAAGUACCUGGCAGCCCAGCGCGCCGCUGGCGGCAUCGACUACGUGAUCGUGCGCGAAGGGCUCUACGCACACGUGUGGAACUUCUACGCCGGACCACCGACGUCGAACGUGUUUCGAAAGGGCGACACGGCGCCGAUCGAGUGGGUGGUGCCCAACGACUCGUCCAUCGCCUGGACCGACAUCGAUGACCUGGCCGAGGGUAACGCCCUCAUCCUGGCUAAUUACACCAAGUACCUGGGCCAGACGCUGCGCCUGACGGGCCCCCGCGCCACCCCCGUCAGCGAGAUCGCCAAGCUGGCCGAGCGACGUCUUGGGGGCCGCAAGGUCAACCUGCGCUUCGUCGGCAAGGAUGCCGCCGUCCGGUACCACAAAGAACACCACAGCGUGCCCCCGGAGAGGAUGGGCUGGCUCGAGGACAACUGGGCCGGCUGGUUCGAGGGCCUGGCCAGGGGUGAGGGCGAGGUCGUGGAUCCGUUGCUCGGCCAGCUGCUGGGUCGUCCGGUCCGGGGCAUCGAGGAAAUGGCCGACGAGUUCUUUACGCCGAAGUAA